AGGAGAGGGGUGUUUAGAAUACAAUCUGUCUCUAUUCUCUGUUCUCUAGAAUCUCUACUCUAUCCUGUGGGUGUGGACAUGGCUCUCUCUUUCGGCCUCGUCUCUUCCAUUCUCGCAGCAGAAACGGCCUCCACUCACACGCUGGCUUUCAGGCCACAAGCGCCUCCUUCAAGGUUGCGCAUGGUGCGAGCUGUCACCUCUGCCACCGUCUCUCAGUCUCAACCAUCCACCACCAAAAUCAGGGGAAUCAUGAAACCCCGCAAAGUCUCCCCGGAGAUGCAAGCCCUCGUCGGCGUUCCUGAGAUUUCCCGAACCCAAGCACUCAAACUCAUUUGGGCAUACAUUAAGGACAACAAUCUUCAGGACCCUGAAAACAAGAGGGUUAUAAAAUGUGAUGAGACGCUGAAGAAGGUGUUUGCAGGGAGAGAUCAAGUUGGUAUGCUUGAGAUUGCUGGUUUGAUUAGUCCUCACUUCCUUAAAUGAUAGCUAGUGCUACUAGGUCCGAAGUUUACAAGUGAAAAUUGAGAUUUUGUAUGAAGGUCCUGCUUUGCUGUGUUGGACAAUUAUAUUUUGGAAUAUUAUGUCAUAGCCUUUAGUUUUUUUUAGUACUUUGAAAUUUGAAUACGGAACGAGCAUUGUUGAAGAGUUCGUUUUGAGUGAUGUAGUCUCUUCAACAAGCGUUAGUAUCUAGUAGAUUUUUAUUGGACAUCUUAAAUAUUAUGGUACUAUGUUCUCCUUAUAAUUAUUUUGUUGUCCCUGUGUGAAUCC